UUGUCUUGAUGCCAGUGGGGGCAAGUAUUUUUUUUUUCACUCACCAGCAGAAAGAUUUCAUCAAGUUUCACAGAGUAGAAAGUGAUGCUUUUUGUGACUGUGCCGAUUGCACAGCACUGAAGACUGCGGCUCUUGGGGAGAGAUUAUGAGGCUGUGGUCCGGCUGUCGGCCAACAUACCUCACAAGUAACACACAGCCUUGAAAUUCCUCCCCGCUUGAAGCAAAAAAGCCUUGAGUUGAAGUCUGUGCACCAUUGUCAGGAUUCUCUUCCUCCCAUUUGACUUAUGCUGCUACAUAUCUUUAACUGUUAAUCCAAUCAGUAAACCAAUUUUUGUCCUAUUUUCCUGCUACCAAAGUAAAUUUGUAAUUACUACUACGACACCAUCAGGGCUCAAUCUUGUCCUCUGCAUAGAAAUACAGCAUAAAUUAAGGUUGAUGAUCGCACACACAGGAGUGUGCAGAGUACCUUGACACAUAUGAUAACAAAUCUCAGCUUACUCAGUAAGACAACAUUUAUCUCCUCGUGCUGACAGUCACGAAAGACAAAUAUGCAAAACAAGUGAAAUAGUCAGCAGGACCAGGUUAUCUGCCUUCUUAAAUUUUGCAGAGCAGAGAUAAUAUCAGAGCUUCAGACACAUCAAGCUCAUCUUGCAAACAUCACACAGGGACCCAGCAACUGGUGGAGCUCCAGACAAGGUUCUGAUGGACACAUUCAGGUGUCAGCUCCAAGAGGUCUCACUGCAUUAGAUUGUAAUUGAUCAAAGGACAAUUUCCAGACAAUGAAUGGAAGAAACGCUCACAGCAGGGUCCAUGUCCUCCUCCGACCAUCAGAGGGAGCCCUCUCCAGAGUACUGACUGCCUCUGUGCACUUCCGCUCCUGUCUUCACCAGCUGGUCUUCAUCAUCAUCAGCGUACUUUUUAUAUUCUGGCUCACCACUCAGUUCUUACUCCCCAUUUUUGUUACUCGAUAGUGUUAAAUUUAGGUUGUGAAGGGCUGUAAGCCUGUGGGAGAGUGUGAUCAAAGGGAAGUCAACGGCCGACUCAGAGGAAAUUUUUCUAAUACUGCUGCUCUGCAGAAACUAUAUCCUAGAAAAAGACUGCCAAAAGAUGUCAUAAUGAUGAUUAAAAAUAACAUUUUUACAGUAAAUUAAAAGAUAUUUGGAGAUGGACUUUAAUAAAACAUCUUGAGGUUUCUGAUGGCCUUCAGUAACCUUUUCCUCCACGUGGACUUCAUUUAAAUAGUAGAUUAGCAAUUCAACAAAAUAGGCUUACUUCCUAAACUCAUCUGCUUUGCCACUUUCUCACGGUUAUGCAAACACAUCUGUUGUUUUAACCGUUUCACCUUCAAAUUGUGUGAAGCAACGACGUUGAUUAUGUAAGUUCUCAUAUGUGAGCAAUGGCUGCAAACAGUGUUUUGCAUGCGACACUAAGCCAGUCUUGUUUAGUCACCCUUUGGCCUGGACUCUACAAAAAGAGAAAGUUGGCCUGAUUGUCAUGAAUGACGAUAACUAAGCAACUAAGCCCAUUAAGUCACAGGUCUAAGCAUCUUUCCUGUGAGGAUUAGAGGUAAACUGACCCACAUUGAGUUUCUCACCAUCUUGCUUAGCCACAUUUCUUUCAACAUCCACUCCGGGGUCAGAGUAUAGACAAUGUAAGUUGAAAUAAAACAUAAAAUAGGCAGAAUUAAAUGGAUUUAUCCCAAUUGUCAAACUUUAGAGUGUCAGGCAUUGUAAAACACACAGUAAAAAAACUGAAACAUAUUAAAUUCUGAGGCUUUUAAGCAACCCAAGACUGGAGAUCAGACAUCACAAUUUCUGCAUUUGUUUUUCAGAGGAAUCCAACAAACACCACACGUGGACAAUAAACAUGGUCUGAAGGUUAAAAUCCAGGAUCAUCUCAUUUAUGAGCUUGUCAGCACUUCUCCACUUUUCACCUCCCCUGAAUGACUCUGUUUUUGAUUUAGCACAUUAUUUUCUGGGGGAUGAUGAGUCCCCCCGAGGUCUGGGGUGUUUGAACUGUAAUAAGUCAUUCAGGCCACAGUUGGUGGAAAUGUGGGAUGCAGGGGUGCAGCUGUGCAGUUUACAUAGCUGGUUAUCACUCAGUAAGAAGAUGUGUUGAGCACAUUUAAAACCAAACUUCUUGAAUUUACAAACAAGUAUGUUUUUACAUGUGAAAUAUGUGGUUUCUACCAAGCAGCAGUUCAGCGGUUGGUGGAAAACUGCAGUUUUGCUGUUUAAAGUAGUUGCAGCAGGAGAAUCAAGUCUUGUGUUUGUAACAAUGUAUGAAUGUUAAAUGAAAGUAUUUUGGUGUGCUUUUUUAUUUUGGCUCCUCCAAGUGAUUUUCAAGAGGAAUAAAACCACAAAACAAAAAAAUGGCUGCAAAUCAGACCAAUAAUAACCAGUGGGGAACAUGAACCUGUGGUUUACCAUAUUUAUAGUCAUUGGUAACACUUUAAGCUUGAUUGCACAUCAUUUUUUAAUUUCCUUUUCCCUUAAUUUUUACAUCUUUUUCCACCAAUCUGUUCCUGCUAGAGGUGUAGCGAUCCAUUUUAACACUGAUUCAAUUUUUUUUCAUAAUUUGUGAUUUCUAAUAUAAUUUAUAGUUAAUAUGACUUCAUUGACCUAAGAUUGAUCCAGGAGUACAGGCGAAGUUUUCCAGAUUCCUUGUAUUUCUUGCGAGAUAAUCAAGUGUAAAUCAUGUGUUCAAACACGUAAACAAGAUUUAAUGGCAAAUCCAUUCACAUUUUAGUUUCAUAAAGUUCAGCCCACUGUUGUUUUUCCUCAUCAAAAUAAUACAAGCUGAACAUUUUUAGAACAUUCUACAACACUGAAUUGUCACAUAUCUAUAAUGAUGGCUUUAUCAUUUAUUUGCUUCCUUGACGUGUGUUAUCUGCUGUGAUAACACUUGGUUGGAAUACAUAAAUGGAUUCAUCAAUUAAGUCAGUUCAAUUUUACACCCCUGGUUUCUACAAGUGAACGCAAAAAGUGUUAUAAUCAAAAUUUGAACAUUGAAAUAAGCAGAAUUAGCCAAUUCUGCGUUGAUUUUUUAUUUUUUUUCAUUUCUUAGGGAAGUUUGAAACCUUUGUUUUUUUCGUUUGCAAAUUGGAAAGUUAUUUUAUUAAUGCUGUACAUUUUGGAUGUUGCUUGUAGACUAAGCAGGGGUAGAACUUGAACAUUUUAUUACAGAUGAAAAGAUCCAAAAUACAUAAUUCCAAUUUUUUUAGUUAUUAUUGUUGUUUCUAUUUCAUUUCAAAAUGUUGCUUUUGCUAUUUCUGAAAUGCGUAACGGAGCUUGCUGUACUGGAAAAAUGGCAACUGAACUGACUUAAUUUCACUGGAACCGCAGGUAAAGCAUUUUCUAUGUGACGUCACAGAUGCUGGACCCUUUUUUCUGUUUGAAAACUCAACAAGAUCCAUUUAAGUUUUUGUUACGGCACUAGCGCUCAUCAUCUGUCAAAGGAGACCUCUACGUCUCAUUCAGGCUGCAAGCUGCAACAAUCCAGCCAGACGAAACGGCCACAGGAAAUCUUGGUUCGUGGUUUUACAGAGGAGCUGAGGAUCUAACGAUUCUGUAUGACAUGUAACUUGCCGUUGAAUGGCUCAUGGCGCCCACUGUACAGCGCUCAGGGCUGUACAGCGCUCAGGGUUGUACAGCACAUUUAAUUUUUAAAAAAGUGUUUCCAUUGCAGUUUUGUAAAAAAUGUCUAUUUAGAUACGCCCCAAAAACCAUUUAUUAUUAUUAUUAUUAUUUUUUAUAAAUGCAAGUUGCAAGUGGCAAAGUUUUUUCCUGGGGGGGCAGCUGUCCCCCUUGGCCCCCUGUAGCUCCGCCCCUGAGAACUGUUUUUCAAUUGUAACUUUUCUUCUAUUUUAGUGGAAUACAAGUGACUUGUUUUAGAGAAUUAUUGUCAUUUUCUGAGCACAAAUAAUUGGUUUUUUUUCUUCGUGUUAAAUGUUAUUGAAACCGGUUAGAGCAAAAACUAAUAAAAUAUGUUGGUUUGACAAGAAGAGGCCCCGCCCACCGCGUGACGUCACGCGGAGAGCUCUGAGCUGCCAGAGAAAAGCGGCUUUCAUUGAGGCAGAGUGAGGAGAGCCAGCGAUGGCUUCACUCAGGGAGCUGCGCCGCUACGGGCUCUCCUGUGGAGAAAACAACAAAAGCAGACCCAGCACUACGCUGUACCACGUCAAGCUGACGGACACGGCCAUCAGGGCGCUGGAGGCUUUCCAAAACCUCAAGGGAGCUUUACAAAGUCAACCAAUAAUCUGUUUCAAAGGAAACCAAGGGUACAUCAAGAUCCCCGCUCCCACAUCAGAGUCGUCUUCUUCUCUUCGUGUCUUUGCCUUCUACCUGUCCAGCGACGGCAAAGAUCAGCCCCAAGCCAGCUUUGACUGCAUCCAUCAGUAUGUCUUAAGUGACGGCCGUGAGCAGCUGGAGGGUCAAGGCAGCAUCCAGGAUAAGAUCACCGUUUGCGCCACUGAUGACUCCUACCAGAUGACCCGCGAGAGGAUGUCUCAGGUGGAAAAGGAUAGCUGGAGCCGCUCUGCCAUUGAGAUAAAACCUGGAGCCACACAUCCAAGUAAAUGCAUCAAGUACCAAAAGAGACCAGCCCCUCUGCCCGUCUCAGACGUGAACCUCCACAAGCAGCCAGCCAACAUCCGGAGGAACGGCGGUGCAAGCGCCCUGUCCCAGAAGCCCCUGAAGGAGCGCAUCCUCCACCUGCUAGCCCUCAAACCUUACAGGAAACCGGAGCUGCUCCUCUGGCUGGAACGGGAGCGAAGUGCACCCAAGGACAAGGCCGAGCUGGGAGCCGUCCUGGAGGAGGUGGCUAAGGUGAAUCUGAAAGACAGCAGCUACCUGUUGAGGGAUGACUUCUACAAAUAUGUUCAGAGGGACUGGCCGGGCUACAGUGAGGAGGAGAAGCAGCUGAUCAGCAGGUUGCUGGCCAGAAAGGUACAACCACAAGCCCAUAACCAAACGAGAAGCCUCCAAACAAACUCUUUAACACCGAAGACCUCAGAGGACCAAAGUGUGGCUAAAAAUCCUGCUGUGAAACGCCUCAUGGCUUCUGACUCACUGGAAAAGCUGGAAGUUAAGAGGCAAAAACUUGCAGAUCCAAAACCCCAGUCCACGGUAAAUGGAGCCCUAAACGGGAAAGGAGCGCACAAUAAUGCAAGUCUGACCCCCAACCCCAGUUGCCACUCAAGGACUGAGACUCAAAGAACAAGUAACCAUAGAGAUAACCGAAACGGCCCACUGCAGAGCCAUGACGGCUUUCCUUUGGAGCACAAACUGUCCGGCCCUUGUAACGAGCCGGUUACAGAAAGCAGAGGCCAGGAGCCCAAAAUGAACUGCCUCCAGGUACCCCAGCUGGACUUGGACUUCAUUCAGCAGCAGCUCAGCAGCAGCAGCAGCAGCCAGCACAAAAAGAAGAAAUCUAAAAAGCACAAAGACAAGCAGCGGGAGAGGUUCAAGGAAGAUAAAGGAACUGAAAGACUAAAGAUGAGUCCUACUUUGAAGCAGAAUCCAGACAAACUUCAGAAUCCUGAAGUCACAAAAGCUGUGGACUCUGAGGAAAAGCCAGAUUAUGUGCUAAACUACGGUCCUAUAACAAGUUUGGAGCAGCGUCAGAAGUACGAGGAGGAUUUCUGUGCAGAGUACGACGAGUACAAAGAUCUCCAUUCCCGUAUCGCCACCAUCACUCACAUGUUUGUUCAUCUGGGUUCCAAGAUCAAAAGUUUGUCACCUGGAACGCAAGAACAUAAGAUAAUGGAGGAACAAAUACUAGAAAAAUACAACAAGUACAGAAAGAAGUUUCCAGGCUACAGGGAAGAAAAGAAGCACUGCGAAUAUCUUCAUGAAAAACUGUCCUACAUCAAACAGCUCAUCAUAGAUUAUGACCUUUCUAAAGCUUCUUUGUAGCAGUCAGCUGGGUGUUGAUGCAUCUCAAUAAAACAGUGAGUGAGAGCUGGAGUCACAAGCUGAGAGGACAGAAACUGCUGUGAGCACUGAUUAUAAUUUUUUUUUUUUUUUUUUUUUAAACCAGAGAUUAAAAAAGUUCUGGUUAUAUUUGUGAACAGGAACAAAAAGGGCUGAAAAAGUGAGCACUCUGCAAAAGCUGUGUUGGUGGAGUUCACGGAUUAGCUCGUCCACAUUUUUACCCCUGUUAGAUUUGUUGGCUUUAACGGCUUUGUUUUCAAUGAGCGUUGUUGAACACCUCUCUGUUCCAUUUGAGAUGUGGUUUUUGUUCUACUUUAAACUCAAGAAGUGUAAACAUCAUUUUUUUUGUAUAUCUUCUUGGAUGUCUCUCAUAUUACACAGAAUACAAUAAUACACUUGCUUCCUUAAAGUUUCUGAACUUAUUUGAGGUUAAGGUGGUUACUGCAUUAAUAUUUUUAAAUGACGUUUUUGUUUUGAAAUGGAAACUAAAGCCACUCAUUGACAGAUUUGAUCCGUUUUUGAACCUGCUUAGACAUUUAAGUGCAUGCUUGAGUGUACAUGUAAGUAUUUUUCUAAACAUGUUUUCUGUCUUUUUGUAAAUGAACCAAAAUUGUGCAAAAAAUUCACUUUUAAAUACUGAUGUACUUAUUUUUGAAGCUCUUCUCUGACAUUUCCUCCUCUGUGUUUUUACUGUUUGCCGUAAAGCAAAGUGAGAGAUCGGAUGGAAGGAAUCAAGCUUUGUUUUUGUGUGAAUAUCUGGGUCAGCGUUUCCCCAAAUUCCUGUCAUUCGAUUUGAAAAAUACAGCAGGAAAUAAGAGAUCAUUUCAUUUAUCCUGAAACCUGAGUUAGGUAUGAAACGGUCCUUUUGUACCUCCUGAAGAGGGAUUAUUACAGUAUCAGACACUACCCUAGUAUUUUAGAUGGCACACUGUUUUGUUGCUCUGUGUGUUGUUGACUUCAACCUGAAGUACCUGAUUUAUUUAGCCUUGGUUUUUCAAAUAAUUGGUGCCCAUGCCAGUUGUAAUAUUUUUUUCUUUUUUUUAUCAAAUGUCAUCAGAAAGAAGCCUUAAAACUAACACUUUUCUAGGUGACAGUCUUCAAACUGCGGAUAUAGUGAGAAGAGGUCACUCUCUGCACAUCAUCCUGCCUUAUUUCUCUGCUUUCUUUUUAAACUCUUCACCACAGGUGGCUUUCAGAGUUUUAAAAUGCAGUCCUAGCACAGUUUUUUUUUUUUUUUUUAAACCACGAGGAGGUAACAGUCUCAUCAGUCGUACUUCUGAAACCACUGGUACUUUUUUAAGGGAUCAUGGGGCAUAAAAAGGGUUCAGGUAUUUAUCUUUCUCCUGAUGUUUUUGCUGCUGCUAUUGUUCUUGUUGGCCUCCUCAGAAUGUUGUUUUUUUUUUUUUUUUGUUGGUGCUUUCUGCAUCUUUUUAUGUACAAAAUGUUUUCCAUUUUACUGGUAAAAAGGUUAAACAAUUGUAAGAAUUUGAAUUGUUUUUGAUGGAAGCAAAUGAAGACGACUGCAAAAAAGUAUUACAAACCCUAAAUACAGAAUUUUUCACAUGUUUGAGGGUUUUUUUAUUUAUCUCUUCAAGCUCUUUAAACAGCUUUUAAAGGUGUUUGGGUUCUAUUUAUUAUUUAUUUUCCUCACUAUAUUUGGCUAGUGUUAAACAUUUGAGGCACCACUUCGCACACGCUAGACGCAAGGAAGGAGACUGUGCAUAAUAAGCUGCGAUGUUAAAAUGUGCUUUUUUCUCUUGUGCUGUUGUGAAAAGCAUAUUAAAAAUACAUUAAAAUCA